AUGAAAUGGGUUGACACUACCAAUAAAUUGGAUUUUGAAGAUCCACUUGGUUGGGACUUAAAUAUUAAACCAUAUAGAAAUGAUAGUGCUAUCAUUUCAUUACAUGGUUCAAUGGUAAUUUCAAAUAAAAAUACAUCUGUUGUUGGUGUAAAUUCAUUAUUUGUUGAUAAUGGUAGUACUUUUCUAUGUUAUACACAAUUUUGGUCAUUUGAAAAUAUUACAAUUGGAGAUACUGUUGGUGGAAAUACUGGUUUUUCACCAGCGAUUUUCAUAAAUACAAGAUAUUUUGGAAGUCCAUUAAUUGAAAUUAGAGGUUUUUUAAUCUUGGCAUCGACAAAUGUUUUUUAUUCAAACAUUAAACUCUAUGGAGAGGGUGUCUUAACCUCAUAUGAUGGAUGUACAAAACCAACAUGUGCUUCUCUUUUCCUUGACACAAAUGUAACAUUUUUUGAAAAAUCACAAUUAUUAUUAAAUAAUAUUACUUCUUCUUUUUUCGAUUUAACUUUUUAUAAUGAUUCAAAUACUUUAAUUUUGGAAAAAAAUGGUACUUUAAUAUUAAAUGAUCAAUCAAUAUUAAAAACAUAUAACAAAGGUUACCUUUUAAUUAAUAAUAUAUUAACAAUGAAUGAUAAUUCAUCAAUGAUAGUAUCGAAUAAAUCAAUGAUUCAUGUCAAUGGUGAAUGUAAAGUAAGAAAUUGUAAUAUAUCUUAUUCAGUUAUUCAAAGUUUAGGUAGUUUUGAAGGAAAUGGUGAUUAUUUUAAACUUUUCACAAGUACAGUUGCGGUAAUUGGGAAUUUAACAUUCAAAUCAAAUGAAACCAAUAUAGAUCAUGGUACUGUGAAUGUAUAUAGUGGUGGUAAUUUAUCAAUUUAUAAUAAACUAUUCAUUAAUAGUGGUAGUAAUUUUAUAAUUGAAGGUGAUUUAAUUAUAAAUGAUUUCUCAACAGUUGAAGCUGUAUCAUCAAGAAUCGUCUUAUUAAAUAAUGGUAAAUUAUUAUUAUCACCAUUAUCAAAUGCAAAAUUGGAUAAUAUUGAUUUCGAUAUUCAAAAUGGUACUCUAACAUCAAUUGGUGAUAUGUAUUUAUCUUCAAAUACUUUAAUUUCAAAUAAAGAUACAUUUUUAUUAUCUUCAAAUAUUUUUGAAACUACAAAAUCUUCAAAAAUUGAAAAUACUGGUUCAAUGAUUAUUAAUCAUAUUGGAAAUGGAAAUGGAAAUGGAAAUGAUGAUAAAUCAUUUUCAAUUGGUGUAAAUCUUAUAAAUAGUGGUGGUCUAAUUCAAGUCGGUAAUGAUAAAAUUGGAAAAAAUAUUGAAAUUCUUGAUUAUAUUCAACAUAAUAAUAAUUCAAUACUUUUAAUAAAUAAAAAUUCAAUUAUUUCAAGUAAUGAAACAAUUAAAAUUCAAGGUGGACUUGUUUAUGGAAAUGGUACUUUUAAUUCUUCAAUAAAUCAUUCAAAUGGUAAUUUAUUAUCGCUUAAUCAAACAAAUCAAAUUAAUAUUACAAAUAAUUAUAUUCAAGGUGAAAAUGCAACAAUUAUAAUUUUAAUUAAUUCAAAAGAUGAUUUUUCAAAAUUAAAUAUAAAUAAAUUCGCAAGUUUAAAUGGAAAUAUUGAAAUUAGAAUUUCAAAAACAUUAAUUAAUGAUAAAGAACAACAAAUUGAUAUUAUUAAUUUUAAUAAUGAAGAAAAUGAUAAUGAUGAUGAUGAUGAUUUGAAUACAAAUUUGAAAUUGGUUUCUUCAUCAUCGACAACAACAACAAAUAAAGGAGUAAACUUUAAGAAUAUUAAAUUUAAUUCAUAUGAUCAAGAAACUGGAGAAACAAAAGAAAUUACAGAAGAAUCAGAUUGUGUAAAAAGUAAAAGUUCAACUACAUCAUUCUCUGUAUUAGUUGGAUGUAGUGAUAAUAGUAAAUUAUCAGGAGGUCAAAUAGCUGGUAUUGUAAUUGGUUGUGCUGUAUUUGUAGCAUUACUUGGAACAUUACUUCAUUUUCGUAGUAGAAUUUCAUUAAGAGUAAGACAUAGUAAUUUAGUUACAAAAAUGAAAACUAGAAAAUAG